AUGUCUUGGACUUUGAAAGCUUUAUCUGGCCUUAGUUAUGAACCGAGUAUUGACUAUCAAAAUGAUAAAAUUGUAAAUCUUGGGCAUCGAUUACCCUGUUCUUGGUGUCGUGCUUUGAAAUGGAAGGAUGAGGCUGAAGGAAUGUGCUGUAGUGGUGGUAAAGUUCAGCUUCCUACUCUUCAACGCUACCCAGAGCCUUUACAUAGUCUUUUAACUCAUCAGCACCCAAUCUCAGAACAUUUUCUUUCUUCUCUUCGAAAGUAUAAUGGGUGCUUUCAAAUGACGUCUUUUGGAUCAAAAGAGGUAAAGGAGGGUAGUUUUAUGCCAACAUUCAAAGUGCAAGGACAAGUCUACCAUAGGAUAGGAAGCCUUAUGGUAGAAAAUAAUCAACAACCAUCAUUUCUCCAAAUAUACUUUGUUGGUGAUGAUAAUCGUGAAAGAGAAAUUCGUUGUGGGAUCUGUCCUGGUAUUAAGCCAGAGUUAAUUCACCAACUUCAAAAUUUGCUUCAUGAACACCAUCAAUACAUUAAAGAUUUUAAGGUUGCUAUUGAAUCAGUUCCUAAGAAUCAGAAAGAGUUUCAGGUUAUAAUUAAUGCUGAUAAAAAGCCUCCGGGUGAACAUCGAGGUCGUUUCAAUGCUCAAAUGGCUAAAGAAGUAGCAGUUAUCAUCGUUGGACAAAAUUUUGAAAAGAGAGAUAUCAUCCUGAACAGCAGAGACGAUAAGUUAAAGCAAAUCAGUGAAAUCCAUCGCGCGUAUGAUACUUUACAAUAUCCUCUGAUGUUCUGUCGUGGAGAAGAUGGCUAUCACAUUAAUAUUCCUAAGCGUGAUGAAAAAACUAAGCGUCCUCUAAAUAAGACCGUGUCAGCUUCUGAGUUUUACAGUUAUAGAAUAAUGGAGCGUAAUGAAGAAGAAAAUCAUUUACUUUUAUUUCGCACUCUAUUAAAUCAAUUUUUGGUUGAUAUGUAUGCGAAAAUUGAAACUGAACGACUUAAUUGGAUUCGUAACCAUCAAACAAACUUACGAAGUGAAGAAUACGUUCACCUUAAAGACGCUUUAACGAAAACCGACGGUCAGAUAACAGAAAUAGGUAAAAUGGUUGUGCUGCCAUCUUCUUUUACUGGUGGGCCACGAUACAUGCAUGAACGAACUCAAGAUGCUAUGACUUAUGUACGUCAUUUCGGACGUCCAGACUUAUUUAUUACGUUCACUUGCAAUCCAAAAUGGAAAGAAAUUGAAGAGCUUUUAGUUCAAGACCAAAAAUCUCACGAUAGACAUGACUUAAUAGUAAGAAUUUUUCACGUGAAAAUUAAGCAUAUGAUGAAUCUUCUGACAAAAGGUUGCAUUUUUGGCAAAACUAAGUGUCAUAUGUAUACUGUGGAAUGGCAGAAACGUGGACUUCCUCACAUUCAUAUCCUUCUGUGGUUAGAAAAAAAGCUGAGACCAGAAUCUAUUGAUAAGGUAAUUAGUGCUGAACUGCCUAAUCAAGAUCAAGAUCAAGAACUAUAUGAAAUAAUAAAAACAAAUAUGAUUCACGGUCCAUGUGGUUCUUUUAAUAGAAAUUCUCCCUGUAUGGUGGAUGGUUCAUGCACGAAUAAAUAUCCAAAACAUUUUAUAAAGGAAACCCAAACAGAAGAAGAUGGAUAUCCUAAAUAUCGUCGGCGAUCUCCUGAAGAUGGUGGAGUAACAACAAUAAUAAAUGGAAUUAAUAUAGACAAUCGAUGGGUGGUACUGUAUAACCCUGUCCUGUGUCGUACAUCCAAAGCUCAUAUAAAUGUUGAAGUUUGCAACUCAGUGAAAUCAAUUAAAUAUAUUUGUAAGUAUAUAAAUAAGGGAUCUGAUCAAGCAGCAUUCACUGUUGGAGAUCUUGAUAAAGUGACAAAGUAUGAAGCAGGACGAUACAUUAACACUUCUGAGGCAGUUUGGCGAAUACUGAGUUUUCCUAUCCACGAGAGAUUCCCUCCAGUUAUGCAUCUUGCUGUACAUUUAGAAAAUGGUCAACGAGUUUUUUUUAAUGAAAAUAAUAUACUCAAUCAGAUCAACAAUUCCAAAACAACACUUAUGGCUUUUUUUGAACUCUGUAAAGUGGACAAUUUUGCGAAAAAAUUAUUAUAUUGUGAAGUUCCAGCUUAUUGUGUCUGGAGAAAACACCAGUUUCACAGAAGAAAACAAGGAAAAAUUGUGCCAGGUUAUUUAGGUAUAAAAAAAGAUCAUGUUUUAGGCAGAGUGUAUACUAUCCAUCCUACCAAUACUGAAUGUUAUUACCUCCAUCUUCUUUUGCAUGAAGUUCGCGGUCCAGAGUCAUUUACGGCUUUAAGAACUAUAAAAGAUGUAAUCUAUCCUACAUUUCAAGAAGCUUGCAGAGUAAUGGGAUUGCUCGAAGACGAUGCUCAUUGGGAUCAAACUUUAGCAGAAGUCUCAAUUUCUGAUUCAUCUUACAAAAUACGUGAAUUGUUUGCUGUUAUGUUAGUUUUUUGCCAAGUUGGAGAUCCGAUUAAAUUAUGGGAUAAAUAUCGAGAUAAUUUCACGGACGAUAUUAAAAGACGAAUGAGUAGGAAUCGCGAAAACUCUGAGUUAGAUGUUGAUAUUGUUUACAAUCAAUGUUUGAUUAAUCUUGAAGAUAUGGUCAUUGCUAUGUCAGGUAAGACUCUUUUACAAUUUGGUCUCACUUCACCAUCUCGAGAACAAGAAUCUGGUAUUAUUAAUCAACAAUAUUUAAAUGAAUUAGCUUAUGACACUGAUAAGUUAACCGAAGAAGUGAUAAAAAGUGUUCCGAUACUGAAUAAAGAACAAAGUGAAAAAAGUAUUGCUAUUGCUGUUGCUUCUUCAGGAAUUGCGGCUACUUUAAUUGACGGAGGCAAAACAGCUCACUCGACAUUUAAAUUACCUCUUGAAAUGAAUCAUUCUGAUAAUAUUCUAUGCAAUAUUUCUAAGCAGAGUUAUAUGGCUCACGUUAUCAGAGAAGCAAAACUGAUAGUAUGGGAUGAAUGCACUAUGGCUCACAAAAAUGCUAUUGAAGCUCUCAACAGAACUCUUAAGGAUAUAAGAAAUAGUGACCGAAUAAUGGGUGGAAUAACUGUUGUUUUAGCUGGUGACUUCAGACAAACUUUACCUGUUGUACCACGAGGUACACGUGCAGAUGAAGUCAAAGCCUGUCUCAAAUCCUCAGUUUUAUGGCCUCAUGUUAACGUACUGUCUUUGAAAAUUAAUAUGCGCGUUCAUAUACAACAUGAUUUGAGAGCAGAAAAAUUUUCAAAGUUACUCAUUGAUAUAGGGAAUGGACAAAUUUCAGAAGUUGACGGAGGAAUAAGUAUUCCGGAUAACCUAGGUGAUAUUGUUGAUGAUUUAACUACAUUAACUGAUAAAAUAUACCCAGAUAUCAAUAAAAUUGGAGUUAAUUGCUCUUCAUGGCUAAAAGAAAGAGCUAUUCUGACUCCAACGAAUGAUUCAGCGAAUAGCAUUAACAACUAUCUUAUAGAAAAGCUAUUAACUAAUCAAAUGAAGUAUAAAUCUAUUGAUACAGUCGUAGAAGUUGAUGAUGCUGUCCAUUAUCCUGUCGAGUUCUUACAUACACUCAAUCCACCCGGAAUACCAUCUCAUAUUCUCAAUCUUAAAAUUGGAGCACCAAUAAUGUUACUGCGCAAUUUGAAUCUUCCAAAACUAUGUAACGGUACCAGACUACAAGUGAAAAAUUUACAUAAAAAUAUUAUUGAAGCUACAAUUUUAACAGGUAAACAUGAAGGAGAAGUCGUAUUUAUUCCAAGAAUUCCUUUGGUUCCAUCUGACUACCAUUUUAACUUCAAACGUCUACAAUUUCCUGUUAGGGUUUGCUAUGCUAUGACUAUCAAUAAAGCGCAGGGGCAGAGUUUAAAAUUAGCUGGUGUAGAUUUGAGACAUGAUUGUUUUUCUCAUGGUCAGUUUUACGUGGCAUGCUCAAGAGUCAGUUCACCGGACAACUUGAUUAUUCUUCAACCAGAAAAAAAGACGAAAAACAUUGCUUACAAGGAAGUUUUAAGUUUGUAA